AAGCUUUUGCUAUAAAUGGGUUCAAGGAUCGACCCUUCUUCCAAGCCAACAAGAACUGUGCAAGCUUAUAACCUUAUAAGCACAUACAUUCACUAGAUAUAAAAGUAACUCUUUCCUUCAUCUUAUCUACCUUUGCCCCUUCGAUCUUUUGAUUCAAUGGCGAUCCCAGUGAUUGAUUUCUCAAAGCUCAGUGGUGAGGAGAGGGCCAAGACAAUGGCUGAGAUUGCUAACGGAUGCGAGGAGUGGGGAUUCUUCCAGCUGGUGAACCAUGGAAUUUCGGAGGAGCUCCUCGAAAGGGUGAAGAAGGUAUGCUCCGAGUGCUAUAAGAUGGAAAGAGAAGAAAAUUUCAAGAACUCAACACCGGUGAAGCUGUUGAAGGAAAUAGCUGAAAAGAAGAACGGCAACAAUGUGGAGAAUGUGGACUGGGAAGAUGUCAUCACUAUCCUAGACAAUAGCCAGUGGCCAUCUCAAACCCCUGGAUUCAAGGAAACCAUGGCUGAAUACCGAGCAGAACUGAAGAAGUUGGCCAUCAAGGUCAUGGAAGUGAUGGAAGAGAAUUUGGGCUUACCAAAGGGAUACAUCAAGAAGGCAUUUGAUGGGGAAGAAGACAGUGCCUUCUUUGGCACAAAGGUGAGCCACUAUCCCCCAUGUCCACAACCAGAGCUAGUGAAUGGUCUCCGAGCUCACACCGACGCCGGAGGUGUCAUCCUUCUCUUCCAAGAUGACAAGGUGGGAGGUCUUCAAAUCCUUAAAGAAGGCCAAUGGAUCGAUGUUCAACCAGUUCCCAAUGCCAUUGUCAUCAACACUGGAGAUCAGGUCGAGGUCUUAAGCAAUGGUCGAUAUAAGAGCGUUUGGCACCGGAUUUUGGCUACUCCAGAUGGGAACAGGAGAUCCGUUGCUUCCUUUUACAAUCCCUCCCUUAAGGCCACCAUAUCCCCAGCACCUCAGUUAAUGGAGAAUCUCAAGCAAGAAGUGGAUAGAACUUACCCCAAGUUUGUGUUUGCUGACUACAUGUCUGUUUAUGCUGAGCAGAAGUUCCUCCCCAAAGAACCCAGGUUCCAAGCCGUGAGAGCCAUGUAA